CGGAAAUUACUGCAGGUUGCGCUAGUAAACAUAUUCGUGAUUACCCAUAGGGCAUGCGUAGAACUUCAAGGAAUUUGCUAUCGCAUAUUAGAACUACGUAGACCCGACCGUGGCUGUUAUAAGUUACUUUACAUAGCCCAUACGUGUACAUACUAGUUUUCUGCAAAGGUUACAAUGAGUUACGGAGGCACGGAGGAUGAUGAUCUAUAUGGAGGAUAUGACGAGCAGUCAAAUCCACUUGCGGGCUCAGGCGGUGCUGCGUUUAAAGCUCUGGGGUCAGACGCACCUCCUCCUGGAACCGCCGCAAUGGGUCCGCCCGGCACGGCCAUGAAAAGCUUCGUACCGGGCACAGCCAUGCGCGGUGGAACGGCAAUGCAGGACCCCAACUCAGCGCGGCCCAUGACUUCAAACAGGGGCGCGGGCUUCACCUCAGCUCCAAACAAAAAGUUCGACCCCCUCAACCGCUCCAUGGGGACGACGCUGGGCUCUUCAGGGGGUGGCGCGCUGCUAGCAACCCGCAAGGGAGAGGUAACCCCAGACGAGCAGGCGCGCAGCCUUGAAAAGACUGUUCACGAGCUUUUGGAGAAGAGCGCAGCGGAUGCCGUAAAGGGCGACAUCAACUCUGCCCUGGAGAACGCCAUGGAGGCGAAGAAGAACGAGCGCAAGCUGUUUCGCUUCCGGGAGCAGCACAACCUAGCAGAUCAGACCAAUGCGGAGCUGGUCUACGCGGUGGACUUCAACCUGGCUCAUAUGUACCACAUGAACAAGAACUACAACGAGGCUAUCAACCUGUACACGGCCAUCGUUCGCAACAAGAGCUUCCAGCAGUCGGGCUGGCUGCGUGUCAACAUGGGCAACAUCUACUUCGAGCAGAAGAAGUACACCAGCGCCAUCAAGAUGUACCGAAUGGCACUGGACCAGAUUGCGGCGACGGCAAAGGAGGUCCGCUUCAAGAUCAUGCGCAACAUUGGUCUGUCCUUCGUGCGCAUGGGGCAGUACCCGGACGCGCUGCAGUCCUUCGCAACCGUCAUGGACAACGUGCCGGACCACCAGACGGGCUACAACCUGGUGAUGUGCAACUACGCGCUGAGCGACCGAGAGGGCAUGAAGGCAGCAUUCGUGAAGCUGCUCAAGGUGAGCCCGCCCCAGGAGAUGGACGACGACGAUGACGACCUGCUCAACGAGGACGACGAGAUGCAGGCGGUGGUGGCGGAUGACGGGUUGAAAGAGGAGCUGCGGAAACGCAACAGCACCAUCACACGUCUCAUCGUGAAGGCUGCCCAGCUGAUCAGCGAGAAGGUGGACCGGGCCAACGGCUUCGAGGGCGGCUUCCAGUGGUGCUGCAACCAGCUGCGGGAGGCGGGAUACGUGAAGCUAGCCAAUCAGGUUGAGCUGGCCAAGGCCACUCGCUUCAUGGGGCAGAAGCAGUUCGACAAGGCAGUGGCGGUGUUCAAGGAGUUUGAGAAGAAGGAGCCGCGAGUGAAGGCGCGCGCCGCCACCAACCUGGCCUUCCUAUACUACCUGGAGGCGGACACCGACCAGGCGGAGAAGUACUCCAGCAUGGCGCUCAAGAACGACAAGUACAACGCGCGCGCCUACGUGAACAAGGGCUGUGUGCUGGUGGACCGGGGUGACCUGGAGGGCGCCCGCCAGCUGUUCAACGAGGCAGCCGGCAUCGACCCCUACUGCGUGGAGGCCAUCUUCAACCUGGGGCUGGUCAGCCAGCGGCUGAGCGAGCUGCCGUACGCGCUGGCGGCGUUCAAGAAGCUGCACAACAUGGUGCCGGAUAAUGUGGAGGUCAUCCACCAGAUCGCCACCACGUACGACAUGAUGGGCGACUUCAAGAACGCCGUCAAGUGGUUCGAGAUGCUCACCUCGCUGGUGCCCAACGACCCCGGCGUGUUGGCGAGGCUGGGCGCCAUUCACGCGCGCUUCGACGACGAGGCCAAAGCGCUGCACUACUACCAGGAGUCACACCGCGUGUGGCCGGUCAACAUGGACGUGAUCUCCUGGCUGGGAGCCUAUCACGUGAAGAAUGAGGUGUACGAGAAGGCCAUGCCGUUCUUUGACCUGGCGUCCAAGAUACAGCCGCAGGAGGUCAAGUGGGCGCUCAUGGUGGCCUCCUGCUACCGCCGCACCAACAACCUGCCCGGCGCGCUCGCCAAGUACAAGCAGAUCCACGCCGCCCACCCCGACAACGUGGAGUGCCUGCGCUACCUGGUGCACCUCUGCAGCGAGCUGGGUCGCAGGGCGGAGGCAGCGGAGUACAUGACCAAGCUCAAGAAGGCGGAGAAGGCGGCCAUUCCGGACGCCACCACGGCGGCUGCGGCGGCGGCGGUGGUGGCGGGGCCCAUGAGUGGAGGCGGCAUGGGAGGUGGGAUGGGGGAUGAUGAGUUGGGGGGGUCGGCGGUUGCCGCGCAGAACCGCGGCAAGAAGAUGCUUGUGAAGGAGCACAUGGCGGCGCGGGACAACGACGACUGGGGAAACGAGCAGCUUGGGGACGACCUGUUGCCCAUGUGAGGGCGCGGCGGGUACCGGUAAUGGCGAGCGGCGAGGAGGGGGGCGGUGGGGGCGGUGAAGGAGGAGGUGGAGGAAGAGCGGGUGGGGUUGUUGCUGUGGCACCACAUGGGGAGGUCUUAACGGCAGCAGCGGCAGCAGCAGAGGAGGAGAAGGAGGAGGAGGAGGAGGAUGUCGACCAUUUGGUAGCGUUGGGGUUGGGUCUUGGGGCGGAGUCAGCAGAAGGGGUUGGGUCGCUGCUAGCUGGCAGGGUGCCGUCUCGACUGGCUUGCAGAUCCGAGCUUGGUGUUGCUGCUUCUGCUGAGCCGGGGCGAGGGAGCCUGCUGGGGGGUGUCGCGGUGCGGACUGGUGGUGCAGUGCUGGGGAAUCGUGGCGUUACGAGCACCGGCGGAGGCGGUGGUGGUGGUGGUGGUGGUGGUGGUGGAGGUCAUGUAAGUAGUGGUGGUGGUGGCGGAGGCUCCUGGAGGAGGCUGGGUGGUGCAGCAGGAGGAGGCGAGGUGGGCGUCAUGACAGGGAGUGGAGGCAGCAGCAGCAGGAGUCUGCGUGGUGGUUUGGGACAAGGAGGUGGCCUGGAUCCGGAUUUGGAUUUGGGGUUUGGAACGGUGCUGAGUUUCGGGUCACGUGGGUCCACGAGUGUUCUGCCGGAGUUGGCAUGAGGGGCGGCGGAAGGGGAGGAGUCGGGUGCGGGCAUGCAGUAAUACUGUAGACCGGUUACGGCGCGUGUUUGGUGGUACGAUACGGUGGUGGAUGGACUAGGCAGCACGGGAAAGGUGGGGAUCGGGGAGGUGGGAGGCGUGAGUGAGGGGGAGCGGUUGCUGGCGCGCCACCGCAUAGGUGGGGAAGGGGAAGUGGGGGUAACCUGAUGGGGGUGAUGACUGCAGAGUCUGGAUUGGGGUUUGGGGUUUACCUGGAUCCACUACUACCACUACUUGCUUGGGGACCCAGUAGGGCUGAGGAAUCCCAACAGCGCUAGCAAACCGCGACAACACGGUGCGACUGGCUUGACAGCUCGCGUGUGUGUUUAGAAAACUUGCCGUGAGUCGGGACGUACCGCGCGAGUGUGCGAUUAGCGGCUUACAUAGAAUGCGGGGAUGUGGAUGCGGGUGGAAACCAAGCAUUCGUGGCGUGCUUGCGGCGGCUUGGGCCGAUGUAGGGAAUAGAAAUGGAUGGACGGGAAGGGUAUAGAAGGGACGACGCCUGGUCCGUCGGGGGCAAGGAUUGCUGGUAGGACCCCACCUGCUAUUGGCAGAGCAGUGCCGCUUUGCACGUGCAUGUGUGUAGUUGCUAAGAGGACUGACCUGUGUGUAUCUUGUGCUUCAGUGAUGUGUGUACAGCAAGGGUGCCUAUCUAUGAUCGGGUCCUGCGUGCGUGUGUCUUCUUGCUUUUGUGAGGAGGCAAAGCUCUUUAGAGAGGGCCGGAGGCUACAGGGCGGUUAGGUGGUGAGCCGCGAGGAGCGGUAGAAGAGGGAACGUGACGAGGGCUGGGGGAGGAUGUAGCUGCGGAGGAGACCGGCCUGCCGCAAUGUACAUAUGCAAGUGCGGGUAUGUGCGAUCGGUUCUCUCCGCUAACAAGAGGCCUUGGUGUGUAUUUAUCUACGGCAUUUGUCGUACUGCGCAAUCUUCUGAUGCUUCUGGCAUUUACGACUGAAUUGCUCUUGUAACAACCUGUUAUUCGUGGCAUGCAGGCAAAGAUGCACGUAUCCACAGCCCUGCGACUUCCCCAGUGCAAGCCCGUCGCGCGACCAUUUACUUGCCCACUGCGUCCCGCUAGGCGAAGCGUAACCGACGUUCGUGCACAGCAUUCGUGUACUGUACCUCUACGCGAAGUUCUCAACGACGCAGCGAAGGCGGGUCUUGGAAAGGUCCGCUUCAUUGUGUUGGGCGAUGGAGCUAUCCUGGAGAGCGUCAGCAAUUGGACGAGUGUGCGAUACAACGAUGUGCCCGGUCGUGGAGUACUCGCGACUAUCGCCUCAGAGGACAAGUCCUUUGAAUGUCACAUUGUGCUGAGCAAGCCCCGUCCCUCGUAGGUAAAAGAAGUACGAUUUGCAAAAUCCAAGGCCAAAAUCGGAGAUUAUGACGUCUACGCAACACGCUUUCUUGGGGAAGACGGCAAGCUGCUGCUGACAUGUCUGCUGCACGGCACGCAAGGAGUGUACGACAGCUCCGCCGUACAGGCCUGGACCAGCUUGGCCGAGAAGUACGGAGAGAGCGUUAGGUGUUAGGUGUACUCACUGUACACGCGUACAGCCUGUAACUGUAACUGAAAACAGAGACCUCA